UUAAGGCGGAAAAGGCAGGAGCUUGGCGGGAAGGGAUAGGAGAGAGAGGACGAGAAAUCAGCAGCUGCAGCAGCAAUGGAUCAACCUGGGCCCAUUGGCACUAGUACCUGUCCCAAUGAUGAUGACGAUGGCUCAGUGGGACUGGAUUUCCGCACCUCGUUCCAGGGAAGCGUGGUUGAUGAAUUUCAUAUCAUCCCCCUCCAGCUCGCUUACCUGGACAUGAACCCAGCUGAAGAUUGCUGGCAUGAGUUCAUGAAGGUGGCGGACCGUCUCCAGCAGUUUAUCUCCUUAAGAGGGGCGCUUUCUCUGCUGAAGAAGAGGAAGUACCUAACGUUUGCCUGCGAGUUUGACAUGUAUUGCUAUUUCAACCACGAGAUGGCCCUUAUGCUCGGUCCUAUGACUUCUGAUGUCGAGACGGACACCCGGCAUCGUGAUCUCGCCUAUGACUUCUUGGAAACCUCCUGGUGCCCGCCAUCGCCAAUCGGCUAUGGAGGUCGGAGUGACACGUUGGCUAAGAAGAAGCAUGAGGACGAUGAUGGUGAUCAUAAUGGAGCUUGUGCUUCAGGCACCGAAAGGGAUGAGGACGGCAUAGGGAGCAACGAUGAUCACAAAGGCGAUGGUGCUACAGGAGCGGAGAACGACGACGAUGCCGAUUCGGUGGUCAUAAGGAGCGAGUUUGUCCGACAGAUGGGCGCAUUUGCGCUGAGCAAGUACUCCUCCUCCUCGUGUUUCCGUCGGUUCGGGGUAGGGUCGGUUCAGUGCGGGGAUGUCGAUGAUGAUGAUGAUGGGUCCCUUGCCACGAUGCUGUACAGGUUUGCGAGCCCCCUCCAACAGUUUGGAGAGGGAAUCGGGAAUGCGGUCAAGAUGAUCGACUUCGAUGUCUUCGGAUCGGACGGCAAGUGUUUCGGCUUGCGCAUCUUGGUCAGGGACACAGCUUACGCCUUCGGGGGCUUUCGUGCAAGCAUCAAGGAUCGCAAGGGAGUGGGGACCACCACCAUCGCCACAGCCAGGCGGGCAAAUGCCCUGGACCAAACAACGGUCGAUCUGGUCGAAGGAACAGAGAUCGACAGACAGUACAAGCCGCAUGGAAACCUCCCUCUCGUGGCACCGAAUGCAGCGGCCACCACUGCGAGCGGUUUGAAUGUCCACUUUGAUGAUUCUCCAUUCGCUCCUCGCAUUCAGCAGGUAAGGGAUCAUCUGGCGAUGCAGCCAUUCUUGGCCGCUCGAUUGGAGAUUGCAAAGAUUAUACGAGUCGGCAUUUACUUGAGUUAUCUCCCUCAAUCGGGCUCCGAUUUCGAUGCUCGCGUCAGAAGGUACCGGCUUCGUCUGUCCUCACUGCGAGAAGCCAAGGAGAUCAGUUACAGGCACUUCAUGCGCGUCUUCAAGGGAUCUAUGUGGGAAGGACUGCCCGUGGAGCUGGUAAAGCGAAUCAUCGACUUUCUACCCCCAACGCCGAAGUUCAUGCUCCGACCCACUUAGGGUAUGUGUAGGGGAGAGCAGGGCAGGGAGGCGGUGUUUUGUGGUGGUCCCCACCAAAGGAGAAGAGAUUUUGAUGUAGUUUAUUAAAUUGAUAAAUUUGUAAAAUGUCA